GGUUAAAGACUUUGGAGAACGAAAUAAUUUGAAAGUUAGGUGUAUAAUGAAGAUGAAAAGUAGCCAUGUGAUUCAUUGAAAAUGAUAUGGUAGAAGAGCUAGAUUAUACGAGUUUAAUGUCUACACUUGCUUCUAAAAAUGCGAGAAGAGUGAUGUUUGUGUGAUUCUAGCUUGCUCUGCAAACCAGCAUAUCUCUCCCUCCAAAGAAAACGGCUUACAGAUGUACUGAUGGUAUAGGUAUUAGACUAUGCUACUAACUGGGGAGAUGUUAAUGUAGCCGUAGGUAUCUUUAAAUAGACAAUGAAACAUGUGAAUUUGGCUACUUUUGGUAAUAUGAAAGGAUCUCAUCUCAAUGUAGUUAUUCCUCUGCAGGUUUGUCCAACUAAUUUAACUUCUUAUUAUUAACUAGUUAUCUGACCAGUGACUUUCUAAAUUAUAACACUUUAUCUCGGUAUAGAAUUUGGUGAUUGCAAGGGUGCUCUAGUUUAGUUUCCUUUUACCUCUCAAUUUGGUUAGUUAUAGUGUCAUACCAAUUGCUUAGCUCAUGAUGACAUAUCUUCUUCCAUACUUUGCUGUAUUUAACUUGAUAGAUUUAUUGAAGAGAUGGAAGAUGUUAUAACGGCCAUUCCCCCACCUUCAAGGUUCUUCCUAGAAGAUCUCAACAACUUUACUCCUCCAUCGGCACCUCUUCCACCUCCCUUCUUAGUAUUCUCUAACUCUAAAUCAAAUGAGCCUAUCUGCCCAUCACUUCUCAUCAUUGCCAUAUCUUCUCCGUCUCUCCACUUUUUCCACCACUUAUCCGCCAAAACCCUAAUAGGAACUGUAAUCCUCCCUGAAAUACCCUUCUCCGGAAACACUAUCAAACCCUCUCUCAGGGACAAGUCCUGCAACAUUUAUUCCCUCAACGAAUAUGGUAAUUCGACACUCAUUGUAUCCGUACAGUACCAGGUCACUCCAGAAAGAUCUCAUGCUGUUGCAAAGUUGCUUAUUGGUGAACAGAUUAUUCCAGAAAAAGUGUUGGUAUUGGAUUCGGUUCAAAGCAGGAACUUUCGUGGAAAGCUCUCACCAGAUGAAACAAUUGCCUUCAAACUGGAAACAUCGCAGCAGAGAAAGGGGCUUGGUGAUGGUUGUAGAGAUUCUUCACUGCUAAAGGGUUUAGACUACUAUCCUUCGGGGAGCGUAGUGGACGGAUUGGGUGCUGCUCUAUUGGGUCGAUGCCAGAUGAAGAAGAUGAAAGGAACGCUCUGUGUUUCGUGGCCUGAAUUUGGUGGUUCAGUGGCAACAGUUGUUAAGACACUACUGGUCAACAAUUUACCAGAGUUAGAAUAUGGUUUCAACGGUGAAGGUGAAGAUGUAUUUGGGUUUGGUAAUAAACCUCUUGAUUCUGAGUUAUAUACCUAAUAAGAUGGUUUUUGGAUGGUCGGAUAUGUUCUCAAAUUGUUUUCGGGUGAGGGAGGUGGUAGGUUUCUAACUGUUUUGUAAUUUUAGGGGGCAUGUCCUUGCGCAUUCUAUGAAAACUUUAGCACAGUCUGUUUUCUCAACUUAUCCGUCUACCAUUUUGAUGUGUUAAAACAUUGUAUUAUACAGAUCGGAAUUCUACGAAUUUUGAGGAGUAAGAUGAUACACAUGUUUGUGGCAA